UAUCGCAGUAUUCCACGGCGAGGAUAAGACCUCACUCCGUCAUCCCGCUCAAAUCCGUUCGGCCGCGCAUCGCACUGCGUCGCAUUGCAUUUCUGGUCGAUGGAUGGCUAGCAACUUCAAUCGCAGCCUAUUUGCCUUCGAUUCCUUUGCUUCUUGUCCUGUAUUUGCCUAUUGUCUCUUGUCUUAUUCAUUGCUAAAUUGAAUUAUCGGGUAACGCGCCUGGGGCAACCUUUCUUUACGAGGGAUUGACACUUUAGCCAUCACGAACUAUGCCCACACCAUCGAGCAACCCCCCACCCGAGCUGCCACCGCGGUCAUAUAGUUCCUCAUGUCCAGACGAGCUUCGUGUGGCAUCCACUUCAUGGCGGCCUGAGGACAACGAUGGCAUCGACGAGAUGAACGUGGACAGUGAUGAAACAACGCCGCCCUCGCCUGUCAGCGCGCCGCCCGAAUCAUCACCUAUGGGAGACGCCACGAUCGAGUCGCGCUUUACAACCGAAUCACCGGGGCCAGAUUCGGAAAGCGGCCACUUGGGUACAGCAUCUGGAGACACGGACGGCCCAUCGCAGUCGGGCAAGCCGAUGGGCACAGACGAUGAUGCGACAACGAGACACGAACUCAUGGGCGAUGCGACCACUGCGUCUGCAGCAAGCCGGAGGAGUGCAGCGUUCGACGUGGUUUCCCCCGUCAGCGCCGACGGAGGCCAAACAGACGAUGCUGUAACCUCCAGCAGAAUGCAGGAGGAUUACUAUGCGCUGCCCCUGGGCUACAACAUCUCCAAUGUCAGGAUGAGAUUACUGACGACUACCAUCAGAUAACACCGACUUCACCUUCGUCAUUCCUGAGGCCGGGCAGCAAAUUCCAUGGCACACAGCAGUCUGAACGGCAAAUCUACGACGUACAAGUCGAGAUCAAAUACGUCG